AUGAGCAUGGACGCUGGCGGUCUUGCUCAAAUGACAUACAACAACUUCCAGGCCCCAGGCGGCUUCGGCGGCCCUACCGCGAGCUUCGGAUCUCGUGGCAAGGGUGCUGCGCUGAAGCGUCUCAGUGUCGCCUCUCCGCCCAAGGUUGCCUCCAUUGCCGAGGACUCGGUCGCGACUCCUCGCACGAGCCGCUCCCAUCUUCUAGCUGGUCUGCGCACUGCUCCCAAGACCCCGACGUCCGCCCAACCUCCCGCGUCGGCUCCUUAUUCGCAGCGACAGCACAACAUUGGUGCUAACAACACCAACCGCUAUCCCAGACAGGGCUACAAUGGCGCGAACCAGGCUGUCCCCCAGACUGCCAUUGGCAACAGCUUCACGGGUGCCAACCAGUUCAACAACCAGCAGCCAGCCCUCUAUGACCAAGUCCUGGCUCCUCCCUCGGUGCAGUAUGAUGACGCGGAAAUGGAUCCUAGCGUCGCUGCGCAGCUAUUGGCCACAGAGAUGUAUCUCGCCCAGAGACAGCAACAGCUUCAACAACAGCUGCUUGCCCUGACUGCGCAGCAGUUUGGCGGCAUGAACAUGAACGCCAGCAUGCGCCAGUCGCAGCAGUUCUCCAACCCAUCCUUCACGCCUCAGAUGAAUGCCUACGGUCAGCAGUUCCAGAACACGCCCGCUAUCCAGGAAACUGGUCAACCCGGCGUCUACCUCGUCUUCAACCAAAUGACUGGCCAGUACCAAUAUGUUGUGGACCCCAGCUUCCAGCACGAUGACGGCGGCAACGUUCAGGCUCAGAAUGGCACAUCCAACUUGUCGCACUCGCCACCCCCGCCAACUCCCAACUUCACGUCUUCGCCGCCAAAGGGCAGCACCCCAGUGCUUCACGUUUCUCCACCCAACGAGGUGAACCCCAGCCCCUGGGGCUCGCGCAGUACGUCGCCCCCCAAGAAGUCCUCGACGCCGCCUCAGGACGUUGUACCACUUCCGCCGCCAUCCGCCAACGCUUUCCGCCGUGGCCACAAGAAGAAUCUUUCUACUCUUGCCGUCGAUGCCAAGGCAGACACGCCUGAGGGCCCUCGAUCUGCCUUUGUCCGCCCUGUCGGCUUUCCUGCUACUCCGAUGACCGGCACCUUUGGCCCUGGUCAAGCACGAGCUGGAGAACACCCAGUCCGUCAGCCUCGCAACCCUCCUUCGAUCGAGGAACUCAAGGAACGCCCGACCACCAAGCAUGAGGGCAGCAAGAACUUUGCGACCCGUCAACGUCGACAGGCCGUUGGUAACCUUGUACGAGCUGGCAUCGGCCGCCGUGCCCACCGCACUAGCAGCGGCAGUGCCUCUCCCGACAGCGAGAACUUCCCAUCGUCCGACAACGACUCUGACAGCGUUCGAAGUGGAGGAAGCGGCAGCCUUUCCGGCAAGCCCAGCAUUGGCAGUCUGCGCGCAGCUGCCAAUGGCGCCAUCGGCUCAGAGCGCAAGGCCUCCAAAGAGCGCUCCCGCGACCGGACUCCUAUUGAUCGUUCCUACACCGCGAACAGCGUGAGCAGCGACGAUGGCGCCUCCAUCGGAGGUGGCCUAGUUGAUAUCCGCCCGGAGGAGACAUACGGUGAACGUCGCACCAUGCCAAAGCUCGUUCUUACCAGCGCCGAGAAGCGCAAGAGCACCUUAUUUUGA